GGUUUUACAUUCUUAAUCAAACCUCUGCGCGUGACGGUCGAUCGCUUUGUGAGUUCGUUCGUUCGUUCGUUCGUUGUUUAUUUAUUUGUUUGUUUGGUUGGUUGGUUGAUCAACACAAUGGCGCGUACUAAGCAAACAGCUAGAAAAUCAACCGGUGGCAAAGCGCCACGUAAGCAGCUGGCGACCAAGGCCGCCAGGAAGAGUGCUCCCGCAACAGGCGGAGUGAAGAAACCUCACCGUUACAGGCCCGGCACUGUCGCUCUCCGUGAGAUCCGUCGUUACCAGAAAAGUACGGAACUUCUGAUUCGCAAAUUACCGUUCCAGCGUUUGGUUCGUGAGAUAGCGCAAGAUUUCAAAACCGAUCUGCGUUUCCAAAGUUCCGCCGUCAUGGCGCUGCAGGAGGCCAGCGAAGCUUACCUGGUCGGUCUUUUCGAAGACACGAACCUUUGCGCCAUUCACGCCAAGCGUGUUACCAUCAUGCCAAAGGAUAUACAGUUGGCGCGCAGAAUCAGAGGGAGAGCAAUCAAGAAAUACAUCGCCGUCCAGUACAAAGUGGACGCUGAAAAAUUGGCACCUUUCAUUAGAAGAUAUUUGAAGAGCGCCGUCGAAUCGGGCACACUUAUACAAACAAAAGGCAAGGGCGCUUCUGGAUCUUUCAAACUUGAAUCAAAAUCUGCAGCGUCGAAAAAUCAAAAAUCAGCCGGCGGUGUCGGCGGCGGCAGCGGUGGCAGCGGUGGCAGCGGCGCGGGCGGUGGACCUGGAAGAAAAGCCGGAUCGAAGGGCAACACUGCGAGCGGCGCUGCCGCGUCGGCCGGUGGUAAAUCUAAGAAGGCGACAGCGGCGGCAGCAGGCAGCAGAUCUAACAACCCGGCGGCCGCUGCUGCCGCUGCAGGUGGUGGGGCGAACGCGUCGUCAUCGUCCGCAACGUCGCCGGCUAAAUCGAAAUCUUCAUCUUCCUCGGCCGCCGCCGCCGCCGCGACGAGACAAAGAAAGCCGCAGCUGCCAAAAGAAGCCGGCGACCGCAGCGAAGAAAGCUGCAGCACAGGCGCCGGUGCACCUGUUUAUCUAGCCGCCGUUAUGGAGUACCUAGCCGCUGAAGUUCUAGAGUUGGCAGGAAACGCCGCUAGGGACAACAAGAAAACCAGAAUCAUACCUAGACAUCUUCAAUUGGCGAUAAGAAACGACGAGGAGUUAAACAAACUUCUCUCCGGUGUGACCAUCGCACAGGGCGGCGUGUUGCCGAACAUUCAAGCGGUGCUGUUGCCCAAAAAGACCGAGAAGAAGGUCCAUCCUGACACCGGAAUAUCCAGCAAGGCGAUGUCGAUAAUGAACUCGUUUGUGAAUGACAUUUUCGAACGCAUCGCUGCGGAAGCAUCUCGUCUGGCGCAUUACAACAAGCGCUCCACCAUCACAUCCAGGGAGGUGCAAACAUCUGUACGUCUCCUUCUGCCAGGCGAGCUGGCAAAGCACGCAGUCAGUGAGGGUACCAAAGCUGUCACCAAGUACACCAGUUCAAAGCCACGGCGGCGUUUUGGUAUAAAAGGCGCGCGCGAAUGGUAUGGUUUUACAUUCUUAAUCAAACCUCUGCGCGUGACGGUCGAUCGCUUUGUGAGUUCGUUCGUUCGUUCGUUCGUUGUUUAUUUAUUUGUUUGUUUGGUUGGUUGGUUGAUCAACACAAUGGCGCGUACUAAGCAAACAGCUAGAAAAUCAACCGGUGGCAAAGCGCCACGUAAGCAGCUGGCGACCAAGGCCGCCAGGAAGAGUGCUCCCGCAACAGGCGGAGUGAAGAAACCUCACCGUUACAGGCCCGGCACUGUCGCUCUCCGUGAGAUCCGUCGUUACCAGAAAAGUACGGAACUUCUGAUUCGCAAAUUACCGUUCCAGCGUUUGGUUCGUGAGAUAGCGCAAGAUUUCAAAACCGAUCUGCGUUUCCAAAGUUCCGCCGUCAUGGCGCUGCAGGAGGCCAGCGAAGCUUACCUGGUCGGUCUUUUCGAAGACACGAACCUUUGCGCCAUUCACGCCAAGCGUGUUACCAUCAUGCCAAAGGAUAUACAGUUGGCGCGCAGAAUCAGAGGGAGAGAGCUUAAACGCCGCCGUUCGCUCUUGCAACCAACGUCGUCGUCGUCAUCGUUGUAGAAUAAUAAUAAUAAUAAUAACAAUAAAUAUUAUUCAACACGACGGGUGUUUAAAAUAAUGUGCGCGCGUGCAUCGCAGCUCGCUCCUCGCAUAUUAUUAGAAACACAUAAUAUCG